AGUACCAAUUAUUUCACAACUCAUUCAUCCUGACCUUGGUAUAUGUAUGGCUUUUGCCUCCUGCUGGCCUGGUUGCAGUUUUGCGCGAUCCACACUGACCAGAAGUUGCGGGACAAGGGCACCACCGAUCUGCGUUUAGGACCCUGCUCUUAGUCCAUUUGAGGGAUUCAGUAUGUGAUUGAACCGUUCUGUCCUAACAGAAGCAUUCCUAAUUGCCAAGAUGAAGAAUUUCUAAAUAGAGAAUUUCCGUCAAGAAUGUUUCUUGUGCUUUUGACCGUAGCCACAGUGAUCUCCACAGUGGAGUCAUUUUAUUUACCUGACCAAUCUCCAGUUCAUUACUGUCCGCCGGAAAAUGCUAAGAAGGGCGCUUGUCAGAGCAAUAUUGAUAUAUUUGUCAACCGCUUGAGCUCUAUCAAUUCCCUUCUGACGUAUGACUAUGGCAAGUUUGAUCUGUGCAUGCCAGCACGCGUUCAACAUCCCCGGGAAAAUCUUGGCCAGGUGAUGUUUGGUGACAGGAUUUCUAACUCUCCCUACUCAGUAGUGUUUGGUCAGAAGAAGAAAUGUGCAUUUGUCUGCAAGAGGGAAUAUCAGCCAAGUGACAACCAGGCACUUGACCGACUAGACUUUCUUGUUAAUGGCAUCAAGACGAACUACAUGCACUACUGGAUUAUUGAUAACAUGCCAGUAACCUGGUGUGUUGAUACAUCUUCUGCAUCCAAGUCACAGUCCUCCUUCGCCACACAAUGCUCAACUGGAUUUCCAUUAGGUUGUCAUAUAGAUGAGGAUGGUACAGCCAUGGAUGCUUGCCGCAUUUAUGAGUCCUUGAAGAAGCCUGGCUCCGUUUAUAUCUUCAACCAUGUUGAUAUUGAGUUAACUGUGAAUCCUGGUGGUCGUGGCGACAAAGCUGUACUCAUCUCUGCCAAAGUUACUCCAAGAACAAUAAGACAUCCCCUCAAAGGAGAUGAUGUGGAUUGCUGGAAUCCAAAGUCUGCAGCCAUGGACAUAGGCGCUCAGCCCAGAGAUGAACCUCUUGUCGUCAAGUACUCUUACUCAAUAGAGUUCAAGGAACGUCACGACUUGAAGUGGUCAUCACGUUGGAACUACAUUCUCACUAGUAUAAGUGACUCGUCCAUACACUGGCUAAGCAUUGUAAAUUCCCUUCUAGUGGUAGUAUUCCUCUCUAUACUGCUAGCUGUAAUAUUGCUUCAAGCACUGAGAAGAGACAUAGCGCAGUACAACAGUAGCUUGCCAGGUGAUGAAAGCAUCAAUCUGGGAUGGAAGUCAUUGUGUUUUGACGUAUUUCGGCCACCCAAGUACAAGCUACUUCUCUCUGCUAUGGUUGGAUUUGGUUGCCAGGUUACCAUGGUAUUCUUCUCUACUGUAGUGGUUGCCUGCACAGGUGUGCUAUCUCCGGCCAGCCGUGGUGCUCUAGCGACAUUUAUUGUGGUUCUAUUCGUUUGCAUGAGUGGUGUAGCUGGCUAUGUGUCUGCUCUCAUCUACAAAAUGUAUGGUGGUAGCAAUCGCAAGACAAAUGUACUCAUGUCAGGGGUGGUUUUACCUGGAGUUGUCUUUGGUAUUCUCUUUGUCCUCAACUUGGUGCUAUGGAUUCAAGGCUCCUCGUCAGCAAUACCUUUUACAACUAUUGUAGCCUUGAUGAUUAUGUGGUGUUGUGUGUCGGAACCACUCGUUCUACUUGGGGCUUACUUUGGUUUCCAGCGUCCAGCUAUUCAACACCCUGUUCGCAUCAGUAGUGCGGAGCUAGACCUGUCACGAAACGUAUCAUCACAUCUGCUCCCUCUUGUUGGCGGGCUGCUUCCGUUCGUAGUUCUCUUCAUUCCUAUCUUCUUCAUACUGACUAGUAUCUGGUCAAAUCAGAUAUACUAUUUAUUUGGAUUCUUGCUAAUAGUGCUUGUUUUAUUCAUGAUAACGUCUGCGGAGACAGCUGUGUUACUCUGCUAUCUACAACUCUCAGGAGGAGAUUUUCGUUGGUGCUGGACAUCAUUUUUAUCAUCGGGCAGUGUUUCACUGUACUUCUUCAUUUACUGCACCUAUUACUACUGGCAUACCCUCCACAUCAUGGACUUGACAAGUGCAGUGUUGUAUCUAGGAUACACACUCGCUCUCACGCAUUUACUAUUUGUGGCUGCAGGCAGCAUUGGCUGGAUUUCUUGCCUUCUUUUUACCAGACGUAUUUAUACUUCAAUUAAACUUGAUUAACGCUCCUA